AUGGUUUUCAACAAACGAAAGAGUAUAGUAGCGCAAGCAAGGUCAGACAGAGCUCUUCAUCAAUUUGUGUACGAUGUUUUUGUUAGCUUUAGAGGCAAAGACAUUCGCCAUGGUUUCCUCAGCCACUUGACAGAGGGUUUUAUUCGAAAGCAAAUACAUGCCUUUGUAGAUGAUAAACUUGAGAGAGGAGAAUAUAUAUUGCCUUUACUUCUUGAAGUAAUUGAAAUAUCAUUCAUUUCAUUGAUCAUAUUCUCAGAAAACUAUGCUUCUUCGCGUUGGUGUUUGCAAGAACUCGUGAAAAUAGUUGAAUGCAAAGAAAAAUAUGGGCAAAUAGUAAUACCUAUUUUCUACCAUGUGGAUCCCACAGAUGUAAGACAUCAAACAGGGAGUUAUGCACAAGCAUUUGUUGAACAUGAGCUUUUGUAUAAUUUGACUACGGUGCAAAUCUGGAGACAUGCUUUGUACAAAGCUGCAAAUUUAUCAGGAAUUAAGUCAUCACAAUUUCGGAAUGAAGCUGAGCUACUUGAACAAAUCAUUAAUCUGGUGUUGAAGAGGUUGAGUACUAAACACGUGUAUAACUCAAAAGGACUUUUUGGAAUUAGUGAACAAGUUGCAUAUUUAGAAAUAUUAUUACGUCUAGAGUUAAAAGAUGUUCGUGUCAUUGGAAUUUGGGGCAUGGGUGGUAUUGGUAAGACAACCAUUGCAGAAGCAAUAUUUAAUAAACUGUGUUCUACGUAUGAAGGCCAUUGCUUUUUGGCAAAUUUAAGAGAAGAAUCAAGAAGACAUGGACUAAUUUGUUUAAAAGAAAAGCUUUUUUCUACAUUACUAGCUGAGGAUGUUAAAAUGGAUACACCGAAUGAAUUGUCUGAUUAUAUUAAGAGAAGAAUUGGUCGUAUGAAGGUUCUUAUUGUUCUUGAUGAUAUGAAUGAUUCAGAUCAAUUAGAAAUAUUAUUUGGGAAGGUUGAUUGGUUUGGACCAGGUAGUAGAAUAAUUAUAACAAGUAGAGAUAAGCAAGUGCUUAUUGCUAACAAAGUUAAUGAUAUAUACCGAGUUUGGGGAUUAAGUUCCAGUGAAGCACUUAAACUUUUCAAUGUGAAUGCAUUUAACCAAAGUCAUCUUGAAAAUGAUUAUUACGAGCUAUCAAAGAAGGUGAUUAGUUAUGCCGAUGGUGUUCCAUUAGUUCUUAAAGUUUUGGGGCAUCUUCUUCAUGGAAAAGAUAAGGAAGUAUGGAAAAGUCAGCUAGACAAACUUAGAAAAAUGCCAACUAAAAAGGUUCAUGAUGUAAUGAGACUGAGCUAUGAUGAUCUAGAUCGUGAAGAGCAAAAGAUUUUUUUAGAUCUUGCAUGCUUCUUUAGUGGAUUAAAUUUGAAAGUGGAAUACUUAAAAUUCUUAUUGAAAGAUGAUCGAAGUGAUAAUUCAGUGGCUGUUGGGUUAGAAAGGUUGAAAGACAAAGCUCUUAUAAAUAUUUUCAGAGAUAAUGUUGUAUCUAUGCAUGACAUUAUAAAAGAAAUGGGUUGGGAGAUUGUUCGUCAAGAAUCUAAUGAAUACCCGGGAAGUCCCAGUCGAUUAUGGGAUCCUGUUGACCUUUAUGCUUCACUAAACAAUGCUAAGGGGAUUGAGGCCAUUAGAAGCAUAAGGAUGCACUUGUCAUUUCUCCGGAAGCUGAAAUUAUGCCCUCACAUAUUUGCUAAGAUGAACAAAUUACAAUUUCUCGAUAUUCAUGGUGAAUAUGAUGAAGACUGCUCAGAUAAUCUUCCUCAAGGGCUUCAACAUUUGCCAACUGAACUAAGAUAUCUUCGUUGGGUGCAAUACCCUUUGAAAUCCUUGCCAGAGAAAUUCAAUGCUGAAAAACUUGUCUUAUUAGACUUAUCAUAUAGCAAAGUUGAAAUGUUAUGGAAGGGAGUUCAGAAUCUAGAAAAUUUAAAAGAAGUAAAACUCUUAGCUUGUUCUCUCUUGAAAGAACUACCGGACUUUUCAAAAGCCAUAAAUCUCGAAGUACUGGAUAUUCGUGGUUGUUGCUCAUUGACUAGUGUGCAUCCCUCUAUUUUCUCCCAUAACAAGCUUGAUAAAAGAAAGGUUGAGUUUUGGAAUUUCUUGCACUUGGAUGAGCUUUCUUUAAUGGCCAUUCAAUCUAAUGCACAAAUCAAUGUGAUGAAAUUUGCAUACCAACAUUUAUCCACACCGGAACGUAGUUAUGCUGCAGGUUUCAAUGAUGAAUAUUUUCAAGCUGCAUAUGUAUAUCCAGGCAACAACAUUCCUAAGUGGUUAGAGUUUCAAACAAAAAAGGACUACAUGUUUAUUAAUAUCUCUUCUGUGCCAUAUUCCCCUCGAUUCGGCUUCAUUUUCUGCUUCAUUGUUGGCAAGGCAAAGUCAGAAUUUGGUAGUUUGAAUCUUGGCCUUACUAUAAUCAAUGAUGAUGAUGAAGAAGAUGGAAUGUUGAAGAGGACUCAUGGAAUGUACAUGUCUAGAACAAUAGACCAUAUUGCAGCAGAUCAUGUGUGUGUGAUAUAUGAUCAACGUUGGUCUUACCACCUAAAUACCGUAGCCAAAAGUCAGCCAUGGUUUAAAAUCAAGGUCAGAAGUCGUGCAUAUCCCUUCAAACUCAAUAGUCCAGAUCCACCACAAGCAGUGUUAAAAGGGUUUGGUGUUAGUGUGGUAAGCAACACCACAUAUCACAACUUUAUUCAACAUGAAUUAAGUGAUCAUUUAAGAAAUAGAUUUAGCUUGUGCUUAGUAUCUUUAUAUGUAUUUCCUUCUUAUGGUUUAAGUUAA